UCUAGAUCUUCCCACGUCUGCUAAAGAUGUCUCACCGGGGCAAAAAAAGGACUUCCAAAAGUGGACAUUCUACAAACAACUCAACCGAGGCCCCCGUUCUCACCGGGGCGAAAAUGGAUUCGUUGGGUUUCCAAGCGAUGGAGAGUAACGUUCCUGGCUUGUCCCAGGUUAUCCUUCAGAAACUCAACAUGAAGAAUUAUGAGGAUUAUAGAUCCGCGCUGGAGGGCAAGACCCCCUGCACGGAGUUUGGCAUCCGAUCCUACUUUGAGAUGUUUCAGAAAAUGGAAGACACGUUCAAAUUUUGCGUCGAGUGCAAGAAGCUUCCCGAUUCACUGCCUGAUCCCAGAAGCCUACGACGUUGUAAAAGAUGUCAGAAUGUCUAUUAUUGUGGCUCUGAUUGCCAACGGUUGAACUGGCCCGUCCACAAAAAAUUCUGCAAGAAACUGAAGAUGGCAGCUCUUGACCGACUUACAGAAUGGCUUGUGUUCACAGGUGACAUCCCUUUCCACACAAGUGCAUGGACAAAAAAUAUCCGGGACCUACAAGGCUGGGAAGACUGGUUCUUGAUGCAGGAACAUCUGGAUGAAAAGCUUAGCGCUAUCAAAGCCGGACAUUACAUGAGCAUCCUCUGGGCCAAUGCGGGCAAACCAAAGCCCAAUGAGAUGGAGUUGACUGAGUCAAUCAAGAGGGUGACCACAGACUUUGUCUCCAGGCCAGUCACCAUUGGCCUCGGGCUGAGCGUGUUCCAUCUGGAUCCUUAUGCCAAGCCAAUCACAGUGCAUGUGAUUGGAGCUUCUCAUGUCGAGACCCUCAACGCCCGGGUGACAGAUUACGAUGAGCUAUCCCAGAUGUUUCCGAAGCAUCAAGGCAUGGAGGUGGUCAUGGUGGGGGUGGAUGUGGUAGAUGGACCCAUCAUGAGACCUCCACUGGUGGCCUUUGGACCCCGGCAAAGGGUCUACCUCAGCAGCUACAAGGACCUUUAUCACAACUUCUGGGAAUCACAGGUGGAAACUGAGCAAGCAGCUCGACCAGACUUCGUGGUUGCCUUCCAUGCAGGGUUUCAUGCCUGCCCUGAUCUGAUGGCAAGUUGGCUUCCCACGUUGCUGCUCCUGCGAGAUUACAAGAUCCCUUCUUUAUUCACUAUGUACAGUGAACAGGAGCUGAAACAUUCCCUCAGAAUCUUGAUGGAGCUGGAGACCCAGAUCAUAAGCUGUGGGGCCAACCCCUUCGCCUCCCUCAAACCGGAACAGGCCCAUUCAAACCCUAACAAGCCACCUGUCUAUGCCAACUCCCACUACCUUAUGUUUCAUGGUCUAGGAGGUGGUCCUCCAGAGGAACAUGACAUAGGAGAACUGGAUGGGGGACAAGAAGAGAGAUCUCAGCAAGCUUAGAGCUCCACAACCUAACUAGCAGUGGUAGCUUCACAUCUCUCAGUUUGUCAGGCAACAAGCUAAGAUCUCAGGAACGCAGGCAUCUGGGCGAUAGCGAAGGCUGCCUUUCUGUUUGCAACUAAAGAUCCCGGGCGAUUAUUAGCAGCUGCUUAGUCUAGUCCUAUCUGCUAAUAGACAAAGCAUGUUGGCUCCCAAUAUCUUCUGGGCAAACGUCUCCCAAUUUAAAAUAUGUAAAUCAGCUGUCUCCCGACUUGGGACCUCCCAGAUGUGUUGAAGUUAGGAGUUCUGAAAUUCCCAGCCAAAGGCAAUGCCAGCUUGGGGUUCUGGGAGCUGUUACAUCCAGCAUAUUUGGAGGACUCCAAGUUGAAUAUAAGGGCUAGUUUGGUGUA